CCUCUUCCCGCCCGCCGGCUGCUGGCUGCGGCGCCGCCUCCCUCCCCCUCCCCCCACCCGCUCCACGGCCUCGGCCCGCCUCGCCCCCGCCCGGGCCUCCUCGGGCUCUCUCUCUCCCUUCCCCUCGAGCCUCCGAGGAACCCGCAGCCGCGGGGCGCCCGGGAAGAUGGCGGCGGCGGCAGCGGGAGCCGGCGGCGAGGGGGGCGCGGGCCUGGGCGGCGCGGCGGGGCCCGAGCCAGAGUCGGGGCCGCGCGGGCCGGACCCCUCCGCCGAGGCGCGCAACGACGCCCGGGGCCCGGCGCCCGCCGCGCUGCACCCGGAGGAGGUCGCCGCGCGGCUGCAGCGGAUGCGCCGGGAGCUGAGCAACCGCAGGAAAAUCCUGGUGAAAAACCUGCCCCAGGACAGCAACUGCCAGGAAGUUCAUGAUUUAUUACAAGACUAUGAGUUAAAGUAUUGUUAUGUGGACAGAAAUAAGCGAACAGCUUUUGUUACAUUAUUGAAUGGAGAACAAGCCCAGAAUGCAAUUCAGAUGUUUCAUCAACAUUCAUUUCGAGGAAAAGACUUAAUAGUCCAGCUCCAGCCAACAGAUGCUUUGCUAUGUGUUACCAACUUGCCCACUUCUUUUACGUUAGAAGAGUUUGAAGAACUUGUUCGUGCUUAUGGAAAUGUCGAGAGAUGUUUUCUGGUCUACAGUGAAGUUACUGGCCAUUCCAAAGGCUAUGGAUUUGUGGAAUACAUGAAAAAGGACUUUGCUGCAAAGGCUAGAUUGGAGCUAUUGGGUAAACAGUUGGGAGCAUCAGCUGUCUUUGCACAGUGGAUGGAUGUUAAUCUCUUGGCCGCAGAGCUCAUUCAUUCUAAGUGCCUUUGUAUAGAUAAACUCCCUAGUGACUACAGGGAUUCAGAGGAGCUGUUGCAGUUCUUUUCCAGUAUCCAUAAACCUGUGUUUUGCCAGCUUGUGCAGGAUGAAGGUAGUCGCGUCGGUGGCUUUGCGGUGGUUGAAUACAGCACUGCGGAGCACGCCGAAGAGGUUCAACAAACAGCUGAUGGUAUGACCAUCAAGGGAAGCAAAGUUCAAGUUUCCUUCUGUGCCCCGGGAGCACCAGGGCGAAGUACAUUAGCGGCAUUGAUAGCAGCUCAACGCGUGAUGCACAGUAAUCAAAAGGGCUUACUUCCAGAGCCAAAUCCAGUGCAAAUUAUGAAAAGUUUAAACAACCCUGCCAUGUUACAAGUUCUUCUACAACCCCAGCUCUGCGGGCGAACUGUUAAACCAGCAGUCCUUGGAACACCUCACAGCUUGCCACAUCUGAUGAAUCCAUCCAUCUCCCCUGCAUUUUUACAUUUGAAUAAAGCACAUCAGAGCUCACUUAUGGGUAAUACUUCUAAUUUAUUUCUUCAGAAUCUUUCUCAUGUACCACUGGCACAGCAACAAUUAAUGAAGUUUGAGAAUAUUCAUACUAAUAAUAAACCAGGCUUACUUGGAGAACCCCCAGCUAUGGUGCUUCAAGCUGCAGUAGGGAUAGGGUCACCGCUUCCAUUGAAAACAGAGUUGGGCCAUCUUGGAGAAGCACAUAAAACAUCUAAUUUGAUUCCACCUCAAACAACUAUAACAGCUGGCAUGGGCAUGUUACCAUUCCUUCCAAAUCAGCACAUUGCUGGACAAGCUGGGCCAGGGCACGGGAACACUCAGGAGAAACAGCCAGCCUUGGUGGGGAUGGCAGAAGGAAAUUUCUCAGGGUCACAGGCUUAUCUUCAGAGCUUUCCAAACCUUACAGCUGGAGGCUUGCUCACGGGACAUCAUAAACAACAACAAAGUCAGCCAAAAGGCCUGGAGAUAAGUUCAGGGGCUGCCUCUAAGAAUCAGACUUCACUCUUGGGAGAACCACCGAAAGAAAUUCGGCUCAGUAAAAAUCCAUACUUGAACUUAGCAAGUGUGUUGCCCAGUGUGUGCUUAUCAUCCCCUGCAAGUAAAAUCACUCUACAGAAGACUGGAAUUGCAAGCAACAUUCUGGAUGCAAUCUCUCAGGGAAAUGAAUCGCAACACACGUUGGAGACGUGCAUUGCUUACUCUCAACCUUUUGGUGAUUAUGCACAGGUGUCAUCUUUAAGAAAUGAAAAGCGAGGCUCAUCAUAUCUCGUCUCUGCCCCAGAAGGUGGUUCAGUGGAAUUUGUUGACCAGCAUUCUCAGGGCACAGGAGCAUAUUACAUGGAAACCUACUUAAAAAAGAAGCGAGUGUACUGAGUUAAGUUCUCUCCUUACAAACUCAAGGUUCUUUGCAGUAUCUCUGCUGUUCAUUGCUGCCUUAACUACAUUCAAACUAGCCAUAUCCUUUAAAUACGGGUUUGUAAUUUCCCAGAAGGAACUGUGUUGUGCAGCAGGCAGAAUUGCCAAAUUAAAAAAAUAAGUAGCAGUAAGAAGAGACAUCAAUUGAGGACAUAUUCCGCUAGAAUUAGAUGCAUCUUAAUCAAUGUGAUAUUAACUUACAGUCCAUUGGAGAAAUUAACAUGUUCCAAUAUUCCUUGUUUAGGACUGGGAAUAAUUUUGACACCACAUAUAAAAGUUUGAAGCAAUAAAUGGGAAACAUUCUUGUUUCCUGGGCCUUAGAAUAAAUUUCUUUUUUUUUUUUUUGAUUUU